UUCCGGCGAAAUCCCUCCCACUCAGGAAAGUCCCUAGAAAGAGAGCGCAGGCGCCUGGGUAUCACAUGGCCACUUCCCGGAAGCGCAGCAGACCCGCUCAACUUCAUCCUGGGUUGAGGCGGAGGACAACUCCCGGAAUUAUGGCGAAGUUCGGGCUGGGGCAGGAUCCGCAGAGCACAGCUGCAGCCACUGUGCUAAAGCGGGCGGUAGAACUAGAUUCGGAGUCGCGGUAUCCGCAGGCUCUGGUGUGUUACCAAGAGGGGAUUGAUCUGCUUCUGCAGGUUCUGAAAGGUACCAAAGAUAAUACUAAGAGAUGUAAUCUCAGAGAAAAAAUUUCCAAAUACAUGGACAGAGCGGAAAACAUAAAGAAGUACUUGGACCAAGAAAAAGAAGAUGGAAAAUAUCACAAGCAAAUUAAAAUAGAAGAGAAUGCAACAGGUUUCAGUUAUGAGUCACUUUUUCGCGAAUACCUUCAUGAGACAGUUACAGAAGUUUGGAUAGAAGAUCCUUAUAUUAGACAUACUCAUCAGCUGUAUAACUUUCUUCGAUUUUGUGAGAUGCUCAUUAAGAGACCGUGUAAAGUAAAAACUAUUCACCUUCUCACCUCUCUGGAUGAAGGCAUUGAGCAAGCGCAGCAAAGUAGAGGCCUGCAAGAAAUAGAAGAGUCACUCAGGAGUCACGGAGUGCUGUUGGAAGUUCAAUACUCUUCUUCAAUACAUGACCGAGAAAUUAGGUUCAACAAUGGAUGGAUGAUUAAGAUUGGAAGGGGACUUGAUUAUUUUAAGAAACCACAGAGUCAUUUUUCCCUUGGAUAUUGUGAUUUUGAUUUAAGACCAUGUCAUGAAACAACAGUGGACAUUUUUCAUAAGAAGCAUACAAAAAAUAUAUGACGGGCAGUAGCCUAAUUUGUAUUAUGUCUACUUUAAGUGAAUAUUGGAUUUUUUUUAAAAGAUCACUUUUAUAAUGUAUGAAUUUAACAAUAAACUUUUAUAUUUCUACUAA